AUUUAUAUUUCGCAAACAGCGCCAACGAGGCGAUAAACGAAACUACGGAACGUCAUCUGAAAAUUAAUAUGGCCACAAACGGUUGUCAUUACGUGAUAACGAGAUAUAAAUGUUGAAAUAACAGUGAAAGUACAAAGAAAUCGCGAAAGAUAUUGUGAAUAUAAAAUUAUUACUAUAAUAGGGAAAAAAUCUGUUAAUUAGUAUACUACAAAAUAUGCGUUUCGACUUCUUAUUUCAAGAUGUAGAAAUAGAAUUUAUUCUAACACGAUAGAUUAAUCGUAAAGUCUUUCGAAAAAUAGAUGUUAUCAGCUUACGCGGCUGAAACAAACAUGACCCCCUAAAUGUAAAAUAGUAUAAACUAUUUUCAAGAUGAGUUGUUCUGUGGAAUUAAGACAACGCAGACAACAGGGGAUGACGGAGGAUCCUCAUAGACUUGCAGCAAUGAUGAAUAAAUCUCAAAGACUUGUUUUAGGACUUUUGGUUUUAUUGUUGGUUGAUAUCAUUUGGGUUUCAAGCUCUGAAUUGACGAAAUAUAUUUAUAGAGAAGCAGCUUUUGAAAAACCAUUUUUUAGUACAUAUAUAAAAACAUCCAUGUUUACUCUUUAUUUACUUGGUUUAUGCUUUUGGCCUCCAUGGCGAGAUCAAUGUAAUAGGCCAGCAACUUAUAUGUUCAUAGACCCGAAUGUUGAAGAUGACAAUUUCUACACAGAAGCUAAUACAAGUUUGAGUGAUCCAACAUUCGUGCCGAUAAAGACACCAGAUCAUUGUGAACGUUCUUCUGGUACAGAAAGCGACGAUUCUUCCAUUCGAUCUGUAAGAUUUAGCAAAUUAGCAGAAGUCAGACAUAUGUCAGAAAGCGAUGCUACAGAAGCUUUACUAGCUAGACUAAGUUAUCAGGCAAGCAUCAGAGCUGGGGAACAUGCUCGACGGCAAGCUAAUAAAUUUUCUGUUCAGAAAGUAGCUAAAAUUGCACUUAUGUUUUGUUUAUUUGUAUUAGUUGGUCUUUCAGAUUUAACAAUAGAAAGUAGUAGAAUACCAACAGGUAUAAUAUUGGCUCUAGUCAGCGCAUUGUUUUAUGCAGCAUAUAUUGUAUUUUUGAAGAGAAAAGUCGAUCACGAAGAUAAAAUGAAUAUACCAAUGUUUUUUGGAUUUGUGGGACUUUUCAAUUUAACACUCUUGUGGCCACUAUUUUUUAUUCUUCAUUAUGGUCACUGGGAAGAAUUUGAAUGGCCUGAUACUCAUCAGUGGACAUUUUUAAUCAUGAAUGGAUUUAUUGGCACUGUAUUAAGUGAAGUUCUUUGGCUAUGGGGUUGUUUUCUGACAUCAUCACUAAUAGCAACAUUGGCUAUUAGUUUAACAAUGCCAAUGUCAAUGAUAGCUGAUGUUCUAUUAAAAAAGGUCGAAUAUCCUUGCAUUUUUUACUUAGGAACCAUUCCAAUGCUAUUAGCAUUUUUGACUGUAUCUAUAUUAUCCCAUUAUGAUAACUGGGAUCCUGUUAUGGAUUUAAUAAAGAGACUGUAUCUCUGGAUUUGUCGAAAGAAUAGAUCUACAAGAAUACCAGAUCUUGAAGCGGAACAAACAGAAUCACUCAUAGGAAUAAAUAAUGGUGAACACGAAGCUUGAUUCGACAAUAAAAGCAGUCGCAUAAUGCAAAUGUUUUCUGUAAAUCUCUACAAAGGUAAUCUAUAUUUUAUUUAUGUCUAAAAUCAUUUUAUAAACAAUAUAUGCUAAGUUCAGAAAUUUUUUUAUAUGUAUAAAGAAACAUGAUAUACUGAUAUAUACAUAUGUAUGCAUAUAUCAGUACUCUAUAAAGCAAUUAUUACACAUAAUAUAUCUUGAGAAAUUUAUGUUUUUCGUGAAAAAAUGAUAAUAGAAAAAAAACGGCUUUAACACCACUGAUAGAAUGAAAAUAUUAUAUAACUCGUCAAAGUAAUUAUAACUUAUAAAAAUAAGCAUUUGUCUCUUUAGCUCGCAAGAAAUAUUACAGUACUGCCAGACAAUAAUAAUAAUUUAUUUGAAAUGAAGCUUACAACUUUUUUUUUAAGUAUUGUAUAUUUGUAAACUACCUCUGUACAAGAAAGUAUUGGCAUUGAUCUACAACUUCGUAUAGUAUGUUCAUAUAUAUAUAUAUAUAUAUAUAUAUAUAUGCGUGUGUGUAUGUAUAUAUAUGAAUAUGUUCGUAUAUAUAUGUAUAUGAAUUAUGUUCCAUCUUAUCUAUAAUUUGAUUUAGAAACAGCUUUGUAUUAAGAGGAUCAAUGAGAGAGUAUAUACUAUCCAAUAUUUCAACUGUUUCAUAAACGUUUAAAAAUUCUAUUAAGAGAAAUAUAUUUUCUCUAAAAAUUUGUUAUAUUUCAUAAAGAGAUGAAAAAUUUUACAAUAUUGUUUGAUUAAAGAACAUUUGCAUUCGUUCAGAAGAUUAUAACGACAUAUAAUAUGUAACAUAAGAACAAUAUAAUUCAAAUUAUGUAAAUAUGCAAUACUCAAAAUAUCAUUUGAUGUGCAAUACUUCAAUUUGUUAAACUUUAUAGAUGUUACAAGAUUCAUGACUAAGUAUUUUAUAACGUGUUCUACUGUUGUCGUAAUUUGUCUUCUUUUGCUACAUUCUUAUUUAAUAUUUUAAGAAUCAAACAAAUUUUUGUCAUAUUUCUUUAAAAAAAAAAAUCUGUGCAUUAUGUACUUAUAUUAAUUUCAUAUUGAUCGCGAGAAUUAAAUAUUUCUCCGAUAAUUUAUGAUUACUAUCUAUAUGAAAAUAAACAUAAAAAUAAUUUUCUGGACCAAUUAAGAACUAUAAUAACAAAUUUAACACAGAGAAUGGAAAACCUAAUCAGUAUAUUACAAUACAUUAAUUUUUUAUAUUUAAUAAGAGUAUUCAUUAGCUUUAUAUCAUAUUUGUCAUAUCUAGUCAAAAUGUUUCUAUUGUCACACAUUCCUUUAUCAGAAAGUAACUUUAAUGCAAUUAAAACGUUAUUUAAAACAAUUUAUAUAUAGACUUAUUUUGUUAAAUGAUUAAUAUCAUUGGCAAGAAAUAUAAUAUUAAGAAUUUCUCCUAACCUAAGAAGUAAUGCGCACAACAAUUUCAAUGCUAUGUUGCUGGAAAAACUAUUGUAAAGUUUUUUAGGAUUUUAUUAAAUAUUUAUUACUUUUCUAAAUUUUAACUCUAGUUAUAUCAUUCUAUAUGAAAUAUUAACAUAUAAAUAGUACGAAUGUUAAAAAUAUCUUCUCUAAAUGUUGAGGAUUAUUAUUACAUGAUUCAAAAUGGCAGUAAUAUUGUGAUAUAAUAUCAGUGCGCAAAAAUAUAAUUUAAUGAAAUGUGAAAUAAAAAAUCUGGAUGACAUAUAGAUUAUAGAUAAGCGUUCCUGUAUCUAUUAUAAUUGUAAAUUAAAUGUAAAUAUGAAACUAAGUUUAAAAUUAAAAUUAUAUACAUAUUAUAUAAAAUAUACGAAAUUUCAUUACAAGCAAUUCUAUUUUUAUUUGCUACACAAUAAUAUUAUUUAUUUCGUAUAUUUGUUUAAACAUUAUCAUUAUAAUUAAGUAAUCUUUAAAAUUAAUUUUUCAAAAUUAUAAAUCAGUAAAUAAGUUUCGGAUCGUACCGGUAACUAUAAACUGGCGCUAGUGUUUCGUUUAUAUAAAAUUUUAUCGCUAGGGAGAGUGCGAAUAGUAAACAUUAUUGAUUGCAAAUUACAAAUGAAAGAAAUCGACAAGUAAUUUCAAAAUUCCCUUAUUAUCUUUUACGAAUUGAUCUUUGUUUAUUGAUAACUUAAGUUCAACACAAUUUUGCGAUAAUUUGUAAAAAAUUACGAUUUUUCAUCGAUCACGUGCCGUUUUUUACAAAAGUGUUUCAAAAAAAAAAAACAACUGUCAACAAUUUGUAUAUCUUUUGUUUGUCACUCCAUAUGUCAUAAUAAUAAAUUAAAACUAAUAACGAUGAAAAAGUACAAGCAUCUAUUUAAAUAAAAUAGGAAAACUCGGAAUAAAUUUCUUUGCAUAUUUGAGGAAAAAACCAUUUAUGUUUGAAACGCUAUAUCUCACGAUUAAUUGCUAUUGUUUGUACUAAGAAUUUAUCAUUUGUUAUAA